UGAGUACUGAAAUAACCAAAAAGCCCAGUGGCCAAAACUAUCAAGGCACUGGGUCGGGAAAACUAUUUCGGCUCAAAGAGAUGGACGGCGAAGAAGGCAGCGGAAUACGGCGGAGCAAGAGAUUCGCCGGCGGAAAAGUCACCGGCGGCCUAGAGGUCGAGUACAAGACAAAAUCCGGUACCGCUUGGAGCCACUCGUUCCUGAAUCAGAAGCCAUGGCACCCGCUUUCUUAUCCCAACCAGCGCCGCAAGUGGAUCGCCGAGCAGACUCACGCCCAACACGAUCGCAGAGCCGAAGAGGUGGCCCGUGAGUUUGCGCAAGAGCAGGAGUUCUUCAAGCAGGCGGCCUCAUCUCGAAGAAAGAAAGAGAGAAGAGUAACAUUGUUCACAAGUGCCCUAAUGCUUUGGAUUAGAGUUUCUGUAACUGAUGAUUAUAGUUCCGAAUUCUGGAAAAUCGAGGUGAUGAAAGCCGUGAGUUUCAUGUACGUUCGCCCACCUAGCUAUGACCCUGAAAGUGCCAGAGCAGCAGAAUACGCGGACGAGAAACACGAGGGUCAGAGUUCUUCGGCUCAGGAUCCCAUGGCAGACGACAAUGUUGUGUUGGUUCUAAGUAUACCAGUAGAAGCCGGGAGUGACCAUACAGGUAAGGAAAGGAAGAAACCGAGACCAAAAGUUGUGUUUGAAAAUGCACCAAGGCACGAGACUGGUAUCGCUGGGAGAGUAAAGCCAUUUGCAGUUGAAGAUGCAGUGAUGCCAAACGAAGAACUUCGAUUGAAAAGAGAUGAUCCAUUGACUGCUAUCAUUGCUCAUACAGAUCCCGGCGAGUGGGAAUUGAAACAAAAGCCGGGCUUGAGUCCUCCUCGUGGUGGUUUUGAUCUUGACGAUCCAAAUCUGAAGAUAUCUUCGACGAAUAUGGAGGGUUCCUUGAGGGCAGCAUCCCAAUAGAAUUACCGCAGAGUUUGUCAUCGAAUAACAAAAGAAAGUCCAAAAAGAACAAAAGCCACAAGAAGCAUUCAUCUCGGAUUGUUGAGGAAACUGAUGAAUUUUCCACAGGCUCAGAAGAUAGUAGGGAGAACAGAAGUUCGAAGAAGGGAAAAGAUAUAAAGAAGAAGAGCAAGAAGCAUUAUGAUUCUGACUCACUGUCCUCUGAAACUUCAGACUCCGGCAGGUACCGCCCGAGUAGGAGAAGACACAACAAAGCACUUAGAUCCAUCUGGGACAUUAAAAUCUGACGUUUAUCACCGAGGUAGCAGUGCCUGACAAAACGGUGUAUCUGAGCGGAACAAUAAAUUCUCAGUUUUUCCGGGGAAAUCGUUGAAUUUCUUACCAUCACCAACACUCGGACAUGUAUCCGCGGGGCGGCAAAAACAUAAACAACUAAAAAAAAACAAAAAAACCAAUUGGGUCUUUUACCGGGCCUUUAGGCACCUUAGUAGUUAUUGGGCCUUUUUCUUCUUGAAAUUGCUUUUUCAACAUUUGUUUGUUUUCGGCCUCUCCUCGUGCGUGGGAUGAGACAGUAUUUUCAGAGUACGGUUUAAAACUAUCUGAACCAGAUCAAUAAAGUAAUUUUUCCAGUGAAAAAAGAAAAGAAAAAAUUAAUGGUGG